AUGUACGAUGGUAUCAAGAAAGCAAUUGGACCAACUGUCAGAAAAACAGCUCCUCUGAAGUCCAAGAUGGGUGAAGUCAUUACUGAUGAAGGCAAACAAAUGGAACGCUGGGUUGAACACUACCUCAAGUUGUAUGCAGUCGAGAAUGAAGUUAGCAAGGAUGCAUGUGACGCCAUCAGACAAAUGCCAGUUAUAGAAGAACUAGAUGCAAUGCCUACUAUGGGAGAACUUAGUAGAGAAAUAGAUUCUCUUGCUAAUGGAAAGGCCCCAGGUGAAGAUGGGAUCCCUGCAGAGUUUAUUAAGUAUAACAAGUCUUUUCUCAAACAUUCACUUAUCACAACCAGCUGGGAAGAAGGUUAUGUCCCGAUGAGUAUACGGAAUUCGAGGAUAGUUACUCUAUAUAAACAGAAAGGGAACAGAAAUGACUGUAACAAUUACCGAGACAUUUCAUUACUAAGUGUAGCCAGGAAAGCUUAUGCAAGAGUCAUCCUAAUGCGAUUACAAAUAUUAGCUUCCUGA